GGAGGCGCGGGGCUGUGACCAUGCGGGUGGUGGUGGUGCUUAGUGGAUGGGUGGCUCUCCAAAGGGCUGGACCAUGUUCCGGAGGGCGCUGCGGCUCCGCUCCAGCAGGGUCCUCUUGGUCCGACGACUAGGCACGCGCAGAGGAGGCUCUACUCUGGACUGGGAUGGAAAGGUGUCUGACAUUAAGAAGAAGAUCGGAUCCAUCCUGCCGGGAGAGACCUGGGCUCCACUGUACGACACUCGCCACCUGCCCCCCGAACACUCAGAUGUGGUGAUCGUGGGAGGUGGGGUGCUUGGUCUUUCUGUAGCCUUUUGGCUGAAGCAGCUGCAAAAGAAACGAGAUGGCAUUCGGGUGCUGGUGGUGGAAAGAGACCACACGUAUUCAAAGGCCUCCACGGUGCUUUCUGUAGGCGGGAUUCGUCAGCAGUUCUCAUUGCCUGAGAAUGUCCAGCUUUCCCUCUUUUCAGUCAACUUUCUACGGAACAUCAAUGAAUACCUGGCUGUGGUUGAUUCCCCUCCCCUGGACCUCCAGUUCAACCCCUCAGGUUAUCUCUUGCUGGCUUCAGAACAGGGUGCUGCAAACUUGGAGAACAAUGUGAAAAUGCAGAGGCAGGAAGGGGCCAAAGUUGGUCUGAUGUCUCCUCAGCAGCUUCAGAAUAAGUUUCCCUGGAUGAACGUAAAGGGAGUGGCCCUGGCAUCUUAUGGGAUGGAGGAUGAAGGUUGGUUUGACCCCUGGUCUCUGCUUCAGGGGCUUCGGCGAAAGGUCCAGUCCAUGGGUGUCCUUUUCUGCCAGGGAGAGGUGACACGUUUCACCACUUCAUCUAACAGCAUGGUAACCUCAAGUGGGGAGGAGGUGGUCUUGAAAAGGAUCUAUGAAGUCCAUGUGAAAAUGAACAAUAGCCUGGAGUACCAGCCAGUGGAAUGUGCCAUUGUGAUCAAUGCUGCAGGAGCCUGGUCUGGGCAAAUAGCAGAGCUGGCUGGUAUUGGGAAGGGGCCACCUGGCACCCUGAAGGGUACCAAGCUACCUGUGGAGCCAAGAAAAAGGUAUGUGUAUGUAUGGCACUGUCCCCAAGGUCCAGGCCUGGAGAUGCCAUUCAUUGCAGACACAAAUGGAGUCUAUUUCCGCCGGGAAGGAUUAGGCAACAACUACCUAGGGGGUCUUAGCCCCACUGAGGAAGAGGAGCCAGACCCUAUAAACCUGGACGUGGACCAUGAUUUCUUCCAGGACAAGGUGUGGCCCCAUUUGGCCCAGAGGGUACCAGCUUUUCAGAGUCUGAAGGUUCAGAAUGCCUGGGCUGGCUAUUACGACUACAAUACUUUCGACCAGAACGGUGUAGUGGGCCCCCACCCACUAGUUGUCAACAUGUACUUUGCUACAGGCUUCAGUGGCCAUGGGCUCCAGCAUGCCCCUGCAGUGGGGCGAGCUGUGGCAGAGAUGGUGCUGGAAGGCCACUUCCAGACCAUCGACAUGAGCCCCUUCCUCUUCAGCCGUUUUCACUUGGGAGAGAAGGUCCUGGAGGACAAUAUCUUCUGAGCUUGGAAGCUCCUCACUGGGCCACACUGGCCUAGCUGUGACCUUUGCCUCACUCUAGCCCAUCACUUCCUGAAUCUUCCCCACAUUGUGCCAGGGUCUCAUCCCCUUCCCCACUGUCUUCUCAUCCAGGCCACUCUGGCCCCCCAUGGUAGGCUUUCAGACCCAGGACAAUAGGAAGUGAUGGGGCAGGUCCCUGGAACUGACAGGGCAGCUGGAGUUCUGAGGCUGUGGCCCAGGACUGGCUCCUUCCUGGUGCUGACCUGGAAAGCUGGCCUCUGUCCUUCUGGGUAGAUCAGGGCAGAACCCAGGCACAGGAGCAUUCUGGGAAAGGCUGGCUCAGAUCCUUGACUUAUCUGUUUACCCUAUGCAUCAAUCAAUAAAUGUGAUUAACUCCUUCCCUCCCA